AUGCCCGACGAAUCUCGGAAGGCCUCGGUCGAGGGUAUCGCCCAACCAGAUGCACUCCUGCGCUCGGCAUGCACUGAGUGUCAUCGUCGCAAGCAGAAGUGCAACCGCCAGUGGCCAUGCAACAAUUGCCAGAAGCGAAAGGUCGCUGACCAGUGCCGCUUCAGGGACGACUCCAAGGGGGGUUCUGGAGAGGAUGCUUGGGCCGCGUCGCUGGAUAUCAAGAGGAAGCGCGACAUGAAAGGCAGCGAGGAAGAGAGCGAUGAUGAUGUUGGCGAUGUUUUGGAGGCGAUUGGGUAUAGUCGUCUUCAUUUGCUGACCAAGCUUGAUCAGGAUUCUGGAGGUUCAAAACCCUCUGAACAAUAUUACCUCGAUCCAAAGACCAGCCCUCAACUCAAACGGGCUUUAGACGUGUUACCGCCGCGACACAUCGUUGAUUCCCUGAUCCAGAGUUUUCUCGACGUAGUAAACUUCUACUACUAUAUAGUCUACCCACCCUAUUUCAGCAAAGAGUAUGCCCGCUGGUGGGAUGACUACACCAAAGAUCGCCCCUGCGGUGUCCAAUGGACCUGUCUGCUACUGAUGGUCUGCGCAUGCUCUGUGCAGCAUGUCGACAGUCAGCUUGGCGGCAAGAUUGAAAGUGAAGUGGGCGUUUCUGUCCAGGAUCUCACGCAGCGAUAUCACGAUGCUGCUAGGGAGCUUCACAGCGUUAUCCCUGUAGGCUACGGACAUGUUUACACAGUGCAAUAUCUCCUGCAUUCGUGCUACUGGUUCAAAGCUGAGGCGCGGUUCGCGGAGUGCUGGCAGGUCCUUGGGGCUGUUGUCCGAGAGGCUCAAAUGAUUGACCUUCAUAAGAAGCCUUCAGGACAACUACCGGGCUUUGAAUUAGAGAUGAAGAGGCGUCUUUGGUGCAUCGUAGAUUCCUGGGACUGGCUCGUCUCAUCACUGCUGGCCAGACCAAUGCUCAUCGACCGCUCAGAAUGCGACGUCGGUCUCCCAAGUCUAACCCUAGAAGACUACCCGGCUUCACCAAUGCUGCAUCUCAAGCUACAGUCUGAGCUGGUCAGUCUCAUCUAUAAUCGCUUCGGCCCACCCAGUGUUUUACAGGAUCCAGGAGAUAUCCGAGAUUACCAGGCCAUUCUGGAAGAGUUCAUGAAGACCUUCCCACCCGAGUACGCCCUCGAUCACCCCAACACGCCAACCAACGAAGACUUGCCAUGGAUUGCCUUGCAUCGCCACUAUAUGCACACCUGCACUCUUUCCAUCGCCUUGGGGCCUUUCAGAGGCUACAUGGCCAAAACCAUGACCGAGGCGUCUUCGUCCAGCAUUGAUCUUGAGUUUCGCCAGACCGGCAUUGACUACGCCCUUCGUCUCAUGGACGCCGUCCAUCGGUUCUUCGAAUAUGUGUGGACCAGAGACACCACUUUCCACUUCGUGCCGUUCUGCAUAUUUGACACAGCAGCUCUUCUCUGCUCCGUCAUCAUCCAUGCCAAGGACGACAACGUGCCACGCCGGCAAGAGGUCACGAAGGCUAUCGGUCGAGCAUUUGCUACGUUGAAGAAGCUGAGGACUGCUACCAAUACAGCCAAAGCGCCGUAUGAUGUUUUGCGAAGGCUGAUUAAGAAAUUGCCUUCGGCAUCUGCGAUGCUGGCUGACGAUGGUCGCAAGAAGCGUCGCUUCGACCCGCCCUCUGGAAACCAGGGGUCUACCCCUCCUGCAGCGAUAGCUUCUUCACAGCAAAGCAUAGAAUCGUCACUUGUUGCGCAAGUACCAGCAGCUUCGAUUCCUGCUCAGCCUGUGCGAGAGAUGUCUCAGCAAACUCAAUACCAACAGUACCCAGACCCUGCUGCGGUAAUUCCCAACGGAGCCAAUGCCAACCAUCAGCCCUACAUGGCAUACCCCCACAAUGGCUCAGACCCAGGCUUCCACAAUUAUACCUACCCACAGCAACAGAUGCAUCAUAUUCCAGUAACCAGUGCCCCAUCAUGGAACGGGGACAUCAACAACCGGUCUCACAUACAGAAUCUCACUGCUGGACCUCAACCAGUCGACAUGGGAUUCCAGGCUAUUUCUGAUGCUGAGCUUGGAGACCUUGCCAUGCUGUGGAACUGGCAGAGUUUGGAUCUUGGGUUUACUUCUAACCCUAUCUAUCAGGAAAGAUCGCCGACAGCUAAUCAGAUUUAA